AUGAUUUUUACCUUUUCACAUACUACCAGUGGAUUUAGGAGCUUCUCAAAUCCUUACUAUGAACAUUCUGGUUAUGAACCAGUUCCUUCUGGUAGGCUUGAGCUUCAUAGUUAUGUUGCCACGGACAAUGACACUAAUCUUGUCCAUGGUAAAUAUCAUCACCAUGGUGGUGAUUAUGGCAAGUCCCAUUAUCAGGGUGAAGUGAGCAGCGGAAGAAAGGUUAGUUCUGCUACUAAUAAAGAUGAUCCUGCCACCAUUGAUUAUUAUACAGAGGACGUUGAGAGGCAGUUACGCACAUCAAGGAUGAUUGAUUCAAACCCUUUCAUGGAUGAUCAUGGUCAUCAUCAUCAUGGUGCAACCAAUAAGAGGUUCCCUCAUGGUCAUGGUACAACACAUUGUAUGCUCGUGAACCAUCUCGAUCACGGCCUGCAACAUGAUUCCUGGGAAGGAACUACUCAAGGUUAUGGUGACGAUAGUAGAUAUGAUGAUGUUGAUCAUCGAUAUGGGGGUUUCGGUCAUGCAGACAAAGAUGAAGUGGAAGAAGAAGAAGAAGAAGCACCUAAGGCAGUUAGUUUAUUUAGUUUGUUCAAGUAUUCAACAAAAUUUGAUAUGCUUCUUAUACUCUUGGGCUGUUUGGGAGCUCUUAUCAAUGGAGGAUCUCUUCCUUGGUAUUCAUAUCUUUUCGGAGAUUUUGUGAACAAGAUUGCUAAAGAAUCAGAUGACCCAGACAAAUCCAAGUUGAUGAAGGAUGUAGAAAAGAUAUGUUUGCUUAUGUCUGCUCUAGCAGCAAUAGUUGUGGUUGGAGCAUACUUGGAGAUCACCUGUUGGAGGUUGGUGGGGGAGAGGUCGGCUCAACGAAUAAGAACCAAGUAUCUGAGAGCAGUUCUGAGACAGGAUAUUGGUUUUUUUGAUACUGAAAUCAACACUAGUGAUAUUAUGCAUGGAAUUUCAAGUGAUGUUGCACAGAUCCAAGAAGUUCUGGGUGAGAAGAUGGCACACUUCAUCCAUCAUAUAUUUACUUUCAUCUGCGGAUACAUAGUCGGGUUUCUGCAAUCGUGGAAAAUAUCAUUAGUAGUUCUCGCUGUCACGCCGCUAAUGAUGUUCUGUGGUAUUGCUUAUAAGGCCAUCUACGGCGAUUUAACUGCAAAAGAAGAGGUUUCCUAUAAGAAAGCUGGUAGCAUUGCUGAGCAAACGAUAAAUUCGAUUAGGACUGUAUUUUCUUUUGUUGUGGAGGAUCAUUUAGCUGCAAGGUACACUGAGCUAUUGGAAAAAUCAGUACCUAUUGGUAGACAAAUUGGCUUUGCCAGUGCAGGAAUGGGAGUUAUUUACUUGAUUACAUAUUCAACAUGGGCUAUCGCCUUCUGGUACGGAUCUUUAUUAGUUGGGGAGAAGGGAACUCAGCUUUCAGGUGGCCAAAAACAAAGGAUAGCACUAGCUCGGGCGAUGAUUAAAGAUCCCAAUCUUCUUUUAGAUGAGCCAACAAGUGCUUUAGACUCAGAAUCUGAGGCUCUUGUGCAACGGGCCAUUGACAAGAUCUCUAUUGGUAGAACCACCGUUGUCAUUGCUCAUAGGCUGGCAACGGUAAAAAAUGCCAAUACUAUUGUAGUUCUUGCCAGUGGUUCCGUUGUCGAAAUUGGUGAUCAUCGCCAGCUCAUGGAGAAAGGGGGAGCAUACUACGAUCUUGUCAAGCUAGCUUCUGAAGCCGCUUCCAAGCCUGAGUUGAAAGAGAAAGUUGCUCCAAAGGUAAGAGAAUUCUCAAUGCAGGAGAAAUCGGCUAAUUAUGCGUCAAGAUCACGGUAUGAAUAUGAUAUUUCGAAGCAGAAGUACUUCAAGUCAAUGGAAGAAGAGAAAGAGAAGGAAGAAAUACAAAAACCAAAGCUCAAAAGAUUUCAACUUGUAGAGGUAGGGAGACUGCAAAAACCAGAGGCCGCAGUGCUUUUGUUGGGAUUUCUCUCGGGUAUGAGUGCAGGCGCAGUUCUCUCAGUAUUUCCAUUCUUAUUAGGCCUAGCUCUUCAGUUUUACUUCAAAGAUAACCCAAAAUUAUUGAAAAGAGAUGUUGGGUAUCUCUCCAUAGCACUGGUUGGACUUGGCCUUGGUUGCAUAAUCUUCAUGACAGGCCAGCAAGGUUUCUGUGGGUGGGCUGGGACGAAGCUGACAAUGAGGGUGAGAGACCUUUUGUUUCGAUCAAUACUAAAACAAGAACCCGGUUGGUUUGAUUUUGAAGAGAACUCCACAGGAAUACUUGUGUCAAGGCUGUCGGUUGAUUGUUUAAGUUUUCGAUCAGUUCUUGGUGAUAGAUUGUCCGUGUUGUUAAUGGGUUUAAGCUCAGCUGCUGUUGGGCUUGGCGUGUCAUUUGUUCUUGAAUGGAAACUAACCCUGUUGGCUGCUGCUCUGACUCCUUUCACUCUGGGCGCAAGCUACUUGAGCUUGAUCAUAAAUAUCGGGCCAAGACUUGACAAUAGCUCUUAUGCAAAAGCAAGCAACAUAGCUUCUGGAGCGGUUUCCAACAUAAGAACAGUAGCAACAUUUUCUGCUCAAGAACAGAUAAUCAAAUCCUUUGACAAAGCUUUAUCAGAACCAAGGAAUAAAUCAACAAAGAGAUCACAAAUUCUAGGCCUAACCCUUGGCUUCUCCCAGGGUGCAAUGUACGGUGCCUAUACCUUAACCCUCUGGUUUGGCGCUUAUCUUGUAGACAAAAACGAAACUAGCUUUGGCACGGUGUAUCAAAUCUUUCUGAUUCUUGUGUUAAGCUCUUUCUCUGUUGGACAACUAGCUGGGCUUGCACCAGACACUUCAAUGGCUCCAACAGCAAUUCCUGCUGUUCUCAACAUCAUCAAGCGGAGACCAUUGAUAGAUGAUGAUCAAGGUGGCAAAGACAGAAAGUUGGAACAAUCAAAGCCACUGGAUAUUGAACUAAAGAUGGUGACUUUUGCAUACCCAUCAAGGCCAGAGAUGAAUGUAUUGAGAGACUUCUGUUUAAAAGUAAAAGGUGGAAGCACAGUGGCAUUGGUAGGAGGAAGUGGGUCAGGGAAAUCAACUGUGAUAUGGUUGGUACAAAGAUUUUACGAUCCAAAUCAGGGGAAAGUGAGAAUGGGAGGAGUUGAUUUGCGUGAAAUUAAUGUCAAGUGGUUGAGAAGGCAAAUAGCUCUGGUGGGCCAAGAGCCUGCAUUGUUUUCUGGGAGUAUUAGAGAGAAUAUUGCAAUUGGAAACCCAAAUGCUUCAUGGACUGAGAUUGAAGAAGCUGCAAAAGAAGCUUAUAUUCACACUUUCAUUAGUAGCCUUCCCCAAGGCUAUGAAACCCAGGUGGGUGAGAGUGGAGUGCAGUUAUCAGGCGGCCAGAAACAGAGGAUUGCAAUAGCGAGGGCGAUGCUGAAGAAAUCAAGGGUGAUGCUACUAGAUGAAGCAAGCAGUGCGCUGGAUUUGGAAUCAGAGAGGCAAGUCCAAGGAGCAUUAAGGAAGGCGUCAAGGCAGGCGACGACAAUUGUGGUGGCGCACCGGCUGUCGACGAUCAGAGAAGCUGAUACGAUCGCGGUGGUGAGAGACGGUGGGGUUGUGGAGUAUGGAACACAUGACUCACUUUUGGCUUCCCAAGUUACUGGUGUGUAUGCGGCUCUGGUUCGGGCUGAAACGGAAGCUCAUGCAUUUGGUUGA